UUUCACAGUGAAUCAGUGCGCAGCGGGGACGCGUGCAGCGGGGAGGCUGUCAGUCCUCUCCAUCCCUCCCAUUGGCUGCAGCAGGAUGCUCCGCGUCUCUCCUGUUUCCUUAAUCCUCAAAUGCAACUGGAGCUGACGGAGGUUCACAAUGGAGCGACAGAGGGAACCUUCACCUGUAGAUAUUUGACACUAACCUGACACAGUCCUGAAAAUAAAACUCACGGCUCUUGCCAAGUGAAUGCUUUGCGCGUUGGAUAUCGCAUUGCUGCGCAGUCGCUGGGAAUAACUUCGGUAUUUUAGGGUUGAUUUCUUUUCUUUCUUCUCUCCUUUUUUUUGUUGUUGCGGUUGACUGUCGCCCUGUGCUCCGGUUGAACGGGAUACUGCAGCCUGUAUGGAGGGAUGUCGGCAUGGCUUGCACCAGGAGAACCAAAACUUUGGUGUCCACAUGCGUGAUCCUGAGCGGCAUGACCAACAUUGUUUGCCUGCUCUAUGUCGGAUGGGUCACUAACUACAUCGCCAACAUUUACAUCAAGGUCCCGAUGCCUUUACCGGAGAGAAAGUUAGAGGGGGACAAAAGAGGAGACACUCUCCGGAUCAUGGAGAGGCUCGAUCGGCUGGAGAAUGUGGUCAACCAGCACAUACAAGAGACACCGGGGAGAGGAGACGACAGUCAGCCGGACACAUCAUUCUCUGACUCGUCGCUGUUUGCUCACUGGGGUCAGGAGCUCGGUCCAGACAACCGGCGGGUGGCACUGAAGAUGUUCCAGUACUACGGAUAUAAUGCCUACCUCAGCGAUCGUCUCUCUUUAGAAAGGCCAAUACCAGACCUCAGGCCUGACGGGUGCAAAAACGUUACUUAUCCUUUGAACCUCCCACAAAUGAGCAUUGUGUUCAUUUUUGUGAACGAAGCCUUGUCCGUCAUCCAGCGGUCCAUUCGCUCUGCCAUCAACAGGACGCCGUCCCACCUUCUCAAAGAGAUCAUCCUGGUGGACGACAACAGCAAUAACAAUGAGCUGAAGGAGAAGCUGCAGGAUUUUGUGUCUGAGACUAACAGCCAGCGUCCAGGAUUCAUUAAGAUGGUGCGGCACGCCAAGCAGGAGGGAUUGAUCCGGUCCAGAGUGAGUGGGUGGAGAGCGGCCACUGCCCCAGUUGUUGCCCUGUUUGAUGCCCACGUUGAGUUCAAUGUCGGCUGGGCUGAACCCGUUCUGGAGAGAAUUAAAGAAGACAGAACCCGCAUAAUCUCCCCAUCAUUUGAUAACAUCAAAUAUGACACGUUCGAGAUAGAGGAGUAUCCGCUGUCCGCCCAGGGCUUCGACUGGGAGCUGUGGUGUCGCUACCUCAACCCACCCAAGUUGUGGUGGCACAAGGGCAACAAGAGUGCACCGAUCCAGAGCCCGGCCCUGAUUGGCUGCUUUGUGGUGGACCGGCUGUACUUUGAGGAGAUUGGUCUGCUGGAUGAAGGGAUGGAGGUGUACGGGGGAGAGAAUGUGGAGCUGGGCAUCAGGGUGUGGCAGUGCGGAGGCAGUGUGGAGGUCCUGCCUUGCGCUCGCAUCGCUCACAUAGAGCGCGCUCAUAAACCCUACACUGAGGAUCUGACGUCUCACGUGCGACGAAACGCCCUCAGAGUUGCAGAGGUUUGGAUGGAUGAAUUUAAAAGUCACGUCUACAUGGCAUGGAAUAUCCCUCUGGAGGACUCGGGGAUUGAUAUCGGCGAUAUCUCUGAGAGGAAGGCUCUGAGGAAGAGGCUGCAGUGCAAAACUUUCCGGUGGUACUUAGUCAACAUCUACCCUGAGAUGAGGAUGUACAGCGACACCAUCGCAUAUGGAGUAUUGAAAAACUCCCUGAAGAAUGAUCUGUGUCUGGACCAGGGGCCGGAUAACGACAACGUCCCCAUCCUGUAUCUCUGCCAUGGGAUGACACCGCAGAACGUGUAUUACACCAGCACGCAGCAGCUCCACAUCGGGCUCCUCAGUCCCACCAUCGACGACGACGACAACAAGUGCCUGGUGGAUGUGAACAGCAGGCCACGCCUCAUUGAGUGCAGCUACGCCGCAGCCAAACGCAUGAAGCUUCACUGGCUCUUCACUCAGGGAGGAUCCAUUCAAAACAGGAAAUCAAAGAGAUGCCUAGAGCUUGCAGUGAGCAGUGACAAUGAGUUUGGCUACAAACUGGCUCUGCAGAAAUGCACUGGACAGAAAUGGUUCAUCACAAAUGUGCUGUUUAGCAGCUCCCUAUGAUCGACUGCUGAAGGAUACACUGGAGUGAAUAGCAACUGGACUGGACGUUGUUUCUUUUGUGUGCACGUGUAUGCGAGUGUGUGUGUGUGUGAAAGAAUAAGAGGCAGGUGAACGGUGCACGGUGGAACAAGUUCAUUUUGAGCACCACGAUGUCCUCUGAUGAGCAGUCGACAUCACAUCAUAAAUGUUAAACAUUUUAUUUUGCCUACAGGAUCAGCCAUAGCUGGCGCAUAUUUUGCAGAUUUGACAAGGUCGUAUAUUUAGUAUAUUUUGUGGUAAAUACAGUACAGUCAGAUUUUUGUUGACUUAAAAGAUGUGAUGGGUCCAAUAUGUUUUUGUACUUUGUUCAUAUUUGCUACUGUGUAGCAAGCUUUCUGAAUCAGUCCCUGCUGUAAUUAUUAUUAUUAUUUUAGUGUCUCAGGUUUGUAGGUUUAUUAUGCGAUUCAGCUGUACAAUUGUGGGAAAUGUUGAACUAAAGCAGAAAAUGAUAUUUUCUAAAUGUAAAUAUUUUGAAUAUUUGUAAUAUAUAACAGUAAAAUAACAAUGAUGUAAACUAU